AUGAGCUCCCCCCACGACAUGGAUACCUCAGAGGAGGACGAGAGACCGGCAGGAGAUGGUGAUGCAUCAACAUCUCAAGGCGGGCGUGGAGGUGCUGCAAAUGCAGAUGAUGAUGAGUUUGAUAGGAUGUUGGGUGGUGGCGGAGAGGAUCAUGAAGAUGAUGAAGAUUCUGACAGUGGAAUUGAAGAUCCAACGGCCGCCUUGAAGCAUCAAGUGGAGCGUGAAAAGAGGAAACGUGCUCAUGAAAAUUCUCAAGCAAACACCCGCAAAGUACGAAAGGCUGUUGUUGGCCAACAGCUUCCCAGCCAGUCCGGAGGCUUAUCCCGCUCAAUCCGAAACUUCAUCAAGUUCAUGAUGGGAAUGCCUGCAUCACUCAGUGCUUACCCAGCGCCCCCGACUAAGAAGGAAUGGGAUACUUGGGAUAACUGGACUAAGAACCGCUAUGAUAAGGUGACUGCACACUUAAAGAGCUUCACUGAGAAGAACAAGGAGGUCGCCAAACCUACUCUCAAAAAAAUGUACCGUGACGAAAUGGACCGUAUACGAAAGCAUUUGACUCCACCAUCAUUCAAACCUUCCGGAGAUGUUCUGAAUAGUGCAAUCAACAUCCCCAUCCACGUGAAAAAAUCUUGCGAACAGGAGAUCCAACUUGCAGGAUUCGGACGGCUGACGUUUGAGUGGACGGCUCGAUCAUUCACUGCUUCGCCUUGGAAUGGGACGCUUGGAACCAUACUUAUCAAACACUACUAUCAAUGGGCCAAGUCGCAAGCAGGGACCUUAUGGGAUGAAACUUCAAAUAUGGAGAAAAUAUUGGAUCGUUGGGUUCAGGGUCAGGGAAAAUUGAUGAAAAAGGGGGACCGCUCAGAUGGAAAAUCAUUGGAUGAUUUGAAAAGAGAGAAGGCAAGGAAAGCUUCCAUCAGCCGAGGAAAAACCAAGAUUGCAGAAAAAAGAAGAGAUGUUGCAAUGAAGAAGAUGGGAAACCAACCGUCCUUAGCAUUGCUGUUCACCAAGGAAACAAUCUCGGAUUGGGAGGACCAGCCAGCUCCAGCAAAGGCCAAGCGCAUUGCCCUCCAAUGGAGAAGUGCAGCUUUCACAAUGUGUGCUAUCAAACUUGACGAGAUGGCUUUGACGAUCUGCAAAACCACGGCCGAAAAAGCAGCUACCCGCAAGCUUCUUGAGCGAGAUCCAGUUUCAAUCCAAGGUGUAGCCGUAGAAUUUGACAUGGUACCACGGAAGCUUCCCUUAGAUGCAUACAAUCCCACGUUCUUGCUAGGUCUCUCUCCAAUCGAAAAGGAGCACCUUGAUGCCAAAGAAGCCAUUGAUUUGGAUGCCAAAGUUCAAACUUUGAAGGAAAUGACUCAACGAGGAGGAACGGGGAUGGCUCAAAUGGCUCGGCAGAAGUUUGGAGAUCCUGGUUUGGGAGGUUUGCCAGGCCCUAGUAGUGGGAGUUGA